CAAGUUUUCGCUAAAAAUACUCGGAUUUAGCAAAGAUUCGAACUAAAAACUGGAAAUAUAAUCCGAUUCAGAUUGAUCGCUCUCAGGCAUCUUUCCGGCAGUAAACGAGAUGUAAGAAAACAGUGAAUUUCAUGCAAUAUUUAUAUAUUUUUUUUAAAGUUUGUCUCUUGGUUUUUAAACUUUAAAAAAAUCACAGUUAAAAACGGUCACGUGGCUCCGCCAUGCUCCGCACAGUUUUCCCGCGUUUAUUGUCGUGUGUGUCAACGCGUAGAAAUACGAAUGUCAAAACCAGCGUAAACAACCGGUGUAUAAACAAACAAAAGUUAAGUUAAUCUUUUCUGAACAAUUUUCUGAUAUAAUUUAUCCAUAAAAAAAAGAAAAUUAUGGCGAAUAACGGUAUAGAAUCGUCAGAAAACACGAUUCAAAACAAUCAUGAAACGGACAAAAAAGAUCAAACAAUCAAAGAACAUGGAGAAUAUCAAUAUUUACGACUCAUCGAGAAAAUCAUCAAAAGCGGAACGCAGAAGAGCAAUCGUACCGGAAUUGAUACGCUUUCAACUUUUGGCGAACAAAUGCGAUUCGAACUGCGAAACGAUGUUUUUCCAUUAUUGACAACUAAAAGAAUAUUUUGGCGAGCAGUAGUUGAAGAGUUACUUUGGUUUAUCAAAGGCUCAACAAAUUCUAAAGAACUGGCAGCCAAAAAUGUUCAUAUUUGGGAUGAGAAUGGUUCACGGGACUUCUUGGAUUCUUAUGGCUUUACCGAUAGGAAAGAGGGCGAUCUCGGACCUAUUUAUGGUUUUCAGUGGAGACAUUUUGGUGCCGAGUACAAGGACAUGCACACAGAUUACACGGGACAAGGAAUAGAUCAACUGAAAGAAGUUAUUCACAAAAUUAAACAUUCUCCAAACGACAGGCGUAUAAUAAUGACCGCUUGGAACCCAAUAGACAUUCCGAAGAUGGCAUUGCCACCCUGUCAUUGUUUCGUUCAGUUUUACGUGAGCAAUGGGGAACUGUCCGCGUUACUUUAUCAAAGAAGCGCCGAUAUGGGUCUAGGAGUACCGUUUAACAUAGCGUCAUAUUCCUUGCUGAUUUACAUGAUCGCUCAUGUCACCGGUUUGAAGCCAGGAGAAUUUGUACAUACAAUGGGAGACUGUCACGUCUAUGUUAAACAUAUAAAUGCUCUCAAGGAACAGAUAGAACGUGAACCGCGAGAAUUUCCUAAAUUAAAGAUACUGAGAGAUGUUAAAGAUAUUGACGAUUUUGUUGUCGAAGAUUUCGAAUUGACUGAUUAUAAACCGUACCCCAAAAUCUACAUGAAAAUGGCGGUUUGAGUUCUACUCUUUACAAUUUUAAUUAUAAGCUGCACCUUGUACUUUUUUUAUGUUAUCACGACUAUUGUCGUUCCCUUCGAAAAAAAAAAAAAUCUGUGCGAGCAUAACUAAAAUAAUACAAUUCACAUGGUUACUUCUGUAAUAUAUGAAUGCGAAUUAUGAGAUAAUAUGAUGGAGGAUUUCCCCUAUUUUGACGUACUUAAUUAAAUGUAAGCUGUAAUAGAAUUCAAUAUACGAGCUGUAAUAGAAUUUUCAUAAAGUAAUUAUUCCUGUAAUUUCGGGUAUUUAGAUCAUUAAAUGUCAUAGUGUCUAUAUAUCGCUUCAAUUAUUAAUAUAUCCUCUUUCAACUUAAAAC